CUAUCGCGGGCGGCGCAGGGCUGGCUGGGCCUUCCGCGGGACGGCAGGGGGGCGGGAUGUGUCACCCGAAUACCAGCGGGUAAGUCGCCGGCCGAACCAGCCGGGCAGGUCGAGCGGAGUAUAAGAGCUGGAGGGAGCGGCCGGGCGGCAGACGCCGGAGCCCGAGCCCCGCAGAGCCCCGCCGAGCCCCGCGCCGCGUCCGUCCGCCGCGUCCGGUCCGCGCUACCUUCGCGCCACCAUGGCCCGGGGCCCGGGCCUCGCGCCGCCGCUGCUGCCGCUGCUGGUGCUGGCCGCGGUGACCAGCCACGCGGCCGCGCAGUCCAACUGCACGUGCCCCACCAACAAGAUGACCGUGUGCAGCCCCGACGGCCCAGGCGGCCGCUGCCAGUGCCGCGCGCUCGGCUCGGGCGUGCCGGUGGACUGCUCCACGCUGACCUCCAAGUGCCUGCUGCUCAAGGCGCGCAUGAACGGCCCCAAGAGCGGCCGCGGACUGGUGCGGCCGAGCGAGCACGCGCUCGUGGACAACGACGGCCUCUACGACCCCGACUGCGACCACGAGGGCCGCUUCAAGGCGCGCCAGUGCAACCAGACGUCGGUGUGCUGGUGCGUGAACUCGGUGGGCGUGCGGCGCACCGACAAGGGCGACCUGAGCCUGCUCUGCGACGAACUGGUGCGCACCCACCACAUCCUCAUCGACCUGCGCCACCGCCCGGCCGCCCGCGCCUUCAACCGCUCGGACCUGGACGCCGAGCUGCGGCGGCUCUUCCGGGAGCGCUACCGGCUGCACCCCAAGUUCGUGGCGGCCGUGCACUACGAGCAGCCCACCGUCCAGAUCGAGCUGCGGCAGAACGCGUCGCAGAAGGCCCCCGGCGACGUGGACAUCGCCGACGCUGCCUACUACUUCGAGAGGGACGUCAAGGGCGAGUCGCUGUUCCAGGGCCACGGCGGCCUGGACUUGCGCGUGCGCGGCGAGCCCCUCCAGGUGGAGCGGACGCUCAUCUACUACCUGGACGAGAAGCCCCCGCGCUUCUCCAUGAAGCGCCUCACCGCCGGCCUCAUCGCCGUCAUCGUGGUGGUCGUGGCGGCCCUCGUCGCCGGCGUGGUCGUCCUUGUGAUCUCCAACCGGAGGAAGUCGGGGAAGUACAAGAAGGUGGAGAUCAAGGAACUGGGGGAGUUGAGAAAGGAACCGAGCCUGUAGGUACCCGCGGGGUGGGGAGCGGGAUGGGGUGCCGGAUGCCAGCAUCGUCCCAGACCGAAGAGAGUCAGGCUUCCUGACCCUCGGCCCAGAGGAGCCAUUUCUCCUCCCAGAUUCCUGCCUUCCCCUUCCCCUUCGCGCACACACCAAAUUUAAUAGAUCCUGGUCUCAGAGUCGCCUCUCUUUCUGACUUCUGUCUUGAAGAAAGCAUUUCUAGAAUUCCUUCCUUUUCGGCCCAGUAAGAAACCUGAUCGGGAGAGGUAAGGAAAGGAUGGCGCAGCGUUAUGUGUAAGAAGCAAGUGUCUGUAUGACAACCCAGCGUCGUUUGAAAGUGACAGAAUAGAUUUUGAAGGCCUAAAUGGGUUUAGAUGGGAAACAGCACUUUUACUGUCUUGGGUUUAAGUUAUUUGAUGAGCUCCAUUUCUAUCAUGGCCUUACAGAUGAGGAGUUUGUUAAUUGGGGCCGUGUAGUAUCCUCAUUACCAUCAUUUGUAUUACCGACCACACACGCUUGUCACCAGGAAAGAAGCCUGUUUCAGCUUCCUGAACACGUUUUAGAUGUCUCCGUUCGAGCACAGCCGCUACCCCAGAAACUCAAUGUCUGUUCUUCAGCUUGCCUUUACUACAGCUGAUAUUAGUCAUGUUUUCUUUUGUAAAAUGUAUGUACAUAUGUUGUCUUUGAUAAUGCUGCUGUGAUUUUUUUUUAAACAUGAAUUUAAUAAAAUAUGUGAAAGGCA